AUGGAAAAAUCUUUAUUUAUCUAUAUACUUAGAAAUAAAAUAUUAAAAUACUUGAUUUUCUAUUUUGUUAAAGAAAUACAUUUACAAAAAAGAAUACUUAGAGUAAAGAAUUGGGAAGAGUAUUCAAAGAAAUAUAUAAAUCUUGUGCACUAUGGAAAUGUUGAUCUGUUGAUACAAAAAGUAAAAGAAUCACCACUCACUCAGAAAGACGCGCUUAGAGAUGACACAUGCGAUCGGACUGAAGGAUGUUCGCAUGUCUCAUUCGAUUGGGCAGCGAGGAAUGGCGAUAUGACUAUGAUUAACCUUCUGCUCGAGAGGAACAAAACAAACUAUACAUUCUCUAGAAAUGCAUUUGUGUUGGCGGCAAAGAACGGUCAAGUAGAGAUAUUAAAGUACUUGACUGAGAACUAUAAGAGACUACAAAGCAGUGUUGAAUCUAUGAAUGAAGCAGCUGGUAACGGUCAUCUUGAAGCAGUGAAUGAGUUUAUGCGAUCAAUUGAUACACUCAGAUUGCUGAACAAAAGAGGUUUGUUGACAAAGGAGAUACAAGGAAAGAUCUUAGAGAAAGCUAUUCUAAACGCCUGUCUGCCUGCAAUCAGAUAUAUUGUCGAUGAAUGUAAAGCUGAAUUGACUAAGCCCUGUAUUGAUUUCCUACAGCUUCCGAGAUACAAAGAUCAAUGCGAAUUUAUCAAAACAUUAAACCCCAACCUUAGCGAAUUGGAUCAUAUAACAUUUGAAAAAGAAGAGAGUAAACCACAGCAACAUCAGCCUAGGGUUUCAAGAAGAGAAAUGAAAAAGAGUAGAUCAAUCAAAUAA